UCUAAGCGUGAGAGAAAUUUUUUCGACGACAACAAUCAGAAUCCGCAGCCCAGGAGAGAAGCCCAACAAGGGAGCCCAGUUGAGUGGGGCCCAGUUUCUGAAGCCCUUUGUACAGCCCGCGUCCGGCCCGACUCUGCCCGUGCUCCUCACAACGAGUUACCCAAUAAUCAAACUCAUAAUGUUGUGUACAAAGAGAUUUUUAAUAAUAUAAAUUUUUUUCGUGACGAACAUUUUAUGAUGAAUAAUGUUCGUAU